AUGUCUUCCGAAAACUCGUUCAAAGAAAUUUCUUCUAAGCAAGAUUUUGACACUGUCCUAAAAGAGAGCAGCGCGUCCAUACUUGUGCUACACUUUUCAGCUGAUUGGGCAGCCCAGUGCAAACAGAUCAAAGAAGUUUUGUUUGAGAUAAAGCAGAAACUCCAGAGAUCUUCAAUUAGUUGCAUCCAGUUUGCAGAGAUUCAGGCAGAAAAGUUUCCAGAAAUUUCUAAAAAAUAUGGUGUUGAAGCAGUUCCUACAUGCUUAAUUAUUAAAGAUUUAAAAGAGGCUGCAAGAAUAAAUGGUGCAAAUGUGGCUGAGUUGGUUAGCAAGAUAGAAGAAUUUGCUUCUUGUAAUUCAAAGUCAACUCAGAGUUUGAAUGACCGUCUGAAAUCUCUCAUCACUCAAGCCCCAGUCAUGGUUUUUAUGAAAGGAUCUCCAGACACACCAAGAUGUGGUAGAAAAUCAUCUUAUACUGGUUUCAGCAAAACUCUUGUGCAGCUGUUAAAUGAGCAAGGAGUUCAGUUCAAAUCAUUUGAUAUACUGAAUGACGAAAGCAUUAGGCAAGGAUUAAAAGAAUAUUCGAACUGGCCAACUUAUCCACAAGUUUACAUAAAUGGAUAA